ACAUUAUUAAUCAUCAUGGAAAUUGGAAGUUAAAUACAAAACAAAACUUGAGUUUCACGAGCCCACCCAUAUCUUAAUUAAAAUGUAUGUACCUAAGAAUGUAAGAUACAAUAUUAAAAUAACGAAAUAAAACGUAGGUAGGUAUGUAAUAAUUGUUAAUAAUUCCGUAUCAUAAACUUUGAUCUACGCGAUUUAAAAAUUCUUCUACCGUCAACUCAUUAUUACUAAUUAUAUACUUAUGAAAUAAAUUAUUCAAGAUAAUAACCCUAGGAAUUGAAGCUGUACCACGGAUAAAAAAAAAAUUAUUUAUCAUUAUAAAUGAAAAUAUAAUAGAAUAUUUUGUAUUUUUGAACUCUUUGUCUGACAAUAAAAAUGAAAUCUGGACUUUUAGUCCCCGGAGACCUUUCGUUCGGGAUUUAUAGUGUAUACGGUUACCUAGUCCUUAUAAACCUUAUACUCAGUAUAUGAUAAUACUAUAGUCUGCAAAAGAUUCCAUUUUUUAUCAGAACGCGACUUAGAUUAAACUUAUGGUCCAGAAUGUACCCUGAGUUUGAGAUAUUUAACAUUAUUAUUGUGUUGAAUAAUAAUUUUUAUUGGCUUAAUGUAUAAUAUACUAUAUUUAAAAAAAAUUAUAAAAGUCAAGAACUGGGUAUGUAGAAUCGAAUUAAAUAUUUUGAUUAAUUUUUAUGGAAGACAUUAUAGUUUAAAAUUCAAAUCAUGUGUAUAAUAUUCAGAGGCCGUUCUGCUAACAAAGUUCGGCCGUGCAAACAUGCUCUUUUAGUACUUGGUCAAUAAAAAACCAUUGAUAUCGUAAAAGAUGAAAUAAAUAAUAUUACCAAUACCUAUUCAUAUAUAGUUUUGUACGUACACAUAAUAAAUAGAUAUGUACAUACUACAUAGGCUACCUAGCUCUGUUAAAAGGGAUACACACUUAAGGCACCAUAUGUAUGGCUAGUAAACGUACUAUCCGCGUAUUCAGAAGUGGGAUUUUUUGAGAGGGGGUAUUUUGAGAAGAAUAACCUGCCGACCGUCCGGGCAAGACGAUCACCCAUCAAACCGUAUUCUGAGGUCGCAGUGGAUACAUCGUCGGGUCUUCCAAGACAUCUUACGUUUCUCAAGUCAUUUGUUUUCAAUUCGCCAAUACUUUACCAUCAUACUACGCUGUGACGUCUAUUUAAAAUCUGAUUAUCUUCAAGAUAAUAAAUAAAUACUCCACAAUGGACGAAAUGAAACAAUUAGCUACAACAUUGAUGCAGCAUAGAUCAUUCAAAGAGAGGCAAGAAUGUCUGAGGGAAUCACUCGAUCAUCUGUCAUUUGACUAUCCUGAUAUAUACGCAGUGUUGUAUAGAGAGAUAAAAAGAAGAGAAAUGGAAUCUAAUAAUCCAAAUCAAAUUGCUAAGUGGUUAAAAAAUUUAACCCAAAAAUCAUAUGUCAAGCUUCACGAAUCAUUGAUGAUGGUAAAAAAUAGCAACAUCAUGGCCAAAGAGGAGCUCAUGUACAACAUAAGGUGUAUGCUAAACCGAACAAUUAAAACUGGUACUAACAUUGAAGAAACAAUGAAAAUAUGCCAUUUAAUUGGAAAAUCAACACACUUGAAAAUAUUUAACGAGAAUUUGAAACAACUCAUUAGUGAAGUAAAUCAGUUGAGCAACACUCAAUGCCAUAUGCCAGAAGAAACCCUGACAGAAAAUAUUUGGAUAAAAAAUGUCAGACCACCACAAAUAGACCCUUUCCAGCGAUCUGCUCAACAGCAGCAUACGCGUGUUUGGAAAAAUAUGAUGCAACCAACCAAUUUAGAAUCAGUUCGGGGUCAACCACACUUAAGCAUCGAAUGUUACGGAUAUGACCACCUGGAAAUGAUUGCAAAUGUCAAUAGUCCUUCUACUGAGAGCAAUCCACAGCCAGUUAUCAACGUAACUAUUGUUAAUCAAGAAAUGGAAGGAGCAGUUGCCAAGUGGCUCCAUUAUUUGAAACUACAUAAAUACCAAUGGUUCUUCAAUAGCCUCAGUUAUCUUGAAAUUGUAUUCAUCGAUGAGGACAACAUUGAUAGUUUUAUAGCUAAAGUUAACAGAAACUCCAUUACAAAAGGCGCACAAAAAAAGAUUUGCAGAUCCACAAAGAUGUUGAGGGAUCGGCCACAAAUGUUGAAUGACUUAUUAUUGAAAUUGGAUUUGGAUGUUACUCCCUAUGAACUGUGUGAACUCAUGUCAUACAUGCGAGAUAUCUUACAUUAUCCCAUACCGAACAAGAACUGUAUUGAUGGCGAUCAAUUGCAACAAGAUAUAGUCCUUGUCAUGGAGAAAUUGUUAAAUCAACUACUGGAGAAACUAGGUUUGAUCCGUUAUCUAGUCGCCCAGAGUCUACUUGGAAUGUCCAUCAAUAAAUACUUGGAAUGUACACUGUUAAUUAUUCGUAAUCAAACUUUCAUGAAACAUCAAAUUGACAAAACAUUGAUGUUUGCUAAUACCUUAAAAUAUAAAGUCUAUAGAAUUCCUAGAAACUUUAACUAACAUUUUUAGAAAUAUUCCAUAAAAUCUUCAUAUUACAUAGUAUGCAUUGUUUUGAUUAAUGUUAUUGUUUGUGACUUAUUUUUUUAUACCAAAUAUUG